AUGAGUGAGCUUGUAAAUGCUGCAAGAAUAUUAGGUGAAACAGGAAAUUUUGUUGAUGGUUUUAAAAGACUUGUUUCAAAUGUUUUAACAAACACAAAGAAAUUAUUUAGAUAUACUGUACAUAACGGACGGAUUUUCGAGCAGAUAGCAACAAACCCUCCGGUUAUGGCUGCGUUGAUGAUGGCUAGAGAUAUAAAACCACGUAACGACGGGAACGAAGAACAUGAACAACAGGAUACCGGUGGGGUUAUUCGAGACAUUAAAAACGUGUAUCCUGAAGUUAUUGAUUUAUUUAGAGGAGUUAAUGAUUCAAUUUCAAAACAUUCUAUAACCAUCGAUGAAGAGAAUAAAUUAACAGAUUAUAUAUUCGUCAUUAUUGCAGAAUUAAUGAAGAGAAUAAAUGAAAAAGGAAUUGGUGAUAUCAUUAAUGUCAGCGAUGUAAUGAUGAAAAGAAAUUUUGACUCAUUAUUUACAAAACCGAAAACAGAAUAUAGUCUUUAUGACGUAAUUACCGAAUUAAUGAAAAAGAUUAAUGAUAAUAAGAGUUCUGGCGGAAGAGUUGAAUUAGAAGUGAAUGAUGUUAAUGAGAAAUUAGCCGAAAAAGCAGACAAAAAUGAGCUUUUAGCUCUGAGUGAUAAAGUCAAGAACCAUGUUCAUUAUAUAACUUCAGACGAACAGAUUAUAACGGGCUACCACGGAUAUUUAACAUGA